AUGGAAACCACAACAACAACCAUCUCUUCACAGGUACCCACAACUGUGAUGAAAGCUCAUAUUGUUGAAAAUUAUUGUGAUACUCCUGAUUUCAUUCUGAAACAAGAUGAACCGAUUCCGUCCCUUCUCACCGAAACUCAACUCUUGGUUCGUAUUAAAGCCAUCGGAAUCAAUCCAGCCGACUAUAAAACACGUAAUGGAUGUGCCAAACUACUCUAUCCCGUCAAGUUUCCAGCAGUGUUGGGCAAAGAUGGUUCCGGACAAGUCGUCCGAACCGGUUCCAAAGUUCAGAAAUUCAAAGAAGGAGACUUUGUCGUUGGUUGCUAUUCAGGCAAUAGAAACGGAACCUUUGCUGAAUAUGCAGUCUUUGAGGAGAGUGAAUGUACGUUGAAACCAAAAGAAUUGAGUUUCGUUCAAGCGAGUGCCUUUCCAACGGCUGGACUGACCAUGAUUGAGGCUUUUAAAACUCAUCCCAUGAUUGCACCCAUCAUUGAGAGGGAAUCUCAAAACAUAAUGCAGAGGGAAGAGUCUUCAAGUUCUUCUUCUCAGCCUGAGUCUGAUUCAGAAUUGAAACCAAAUUUCAACAUCUUACUGAUUGGAGCGAGUGGAGGCAUUGGAUGUAUGAGUAUCAUGUUGAUCAAGACGUUUCUCGCUCGAUUCUUGAAUAUCAAAUUAUUUGCAGUGUGUUCUGGAAAGAAUGAAAAGACAGUUUCAGAAUUGGGUGCCAAUGUCGUGCUGGAUUAUAUGAAAACUAGUGCAAAGAAUGGACCUCAAACGAUUCAUGAAAAUUCGAGUGAGUUACCAAGUGUUUGUCAAGUAUUAAGAAAAGAUCAUGGAAUUGAAUUUGUGGAUUUUGUGUUGGAUUGUUAUGGUGGUUAUUAUUACUAUGAUGAUGUUUGUCGUCAUUUGACAUGUCAUGAUGCAUCUUUCAAUCGUCGAACUAUUUUCACAACUGUGAAUCCACCAGGCAUUGAUACAUUGAAUUUCACAAAUCUACUCAAAAUGGCUUAUUUGAUGUUAAGUACAAAAGUGAAAGCAUUAAUUUCCAAUUCUUAUCCAGUGUUCAAUUUGGCAACGUUUGAUGUCACUCAAGAGAGAUAUUUUAAAUUAUUAUUGGAACAAGUGGCCAUAUCUAAAAUUCAAGAGUCACAUGUCAUGGCUGAGAAAUUACCACUGAGUAUUUUCAAGUUUGAACAAAUUAAGGAAGCACAUCAUGUGAUUGAGUCACAACAUGCAGUAGGAAAGAUUGUCAUUGAUAUGGAUCUGCAGUGA